CAAUCUUAGGCCCUGGCAAGUCACAAGUGGGAGAAAUGUCUAUACCAAGAUUCCUAAAGGUAACAUAUGGAGCAUACAAUAAUUAUAUUCCAGUCAGUGAAUUAAGCAAAAAAUCAUGGAAUCAGCAGUACUUUGCCCUGGCAUUUCCCAAACCACCAAGGCCGGGAAAGAAACGGAGAUCACUACCUUCCCAAUUACGCAACAAUACAGCUCCUGUAAUUGACGAACAAAAACUAGGAAUUCACAGACCACCGUUAUGGAUGCACCGUUCCCUGAUGAGAAUUCCUGAGAGACCAUCCGUUUAUUUAGCUGCCAGGAAGGGCCUUCCUCCGAAACCACAUCUUGCUGCGACAGGAGAGUCUAAAGAAGCAGGCCCAUCCAAGAGUGUGUCUUCAGAAAAGCCAAAGAAAGAGAAAGUGAAAAAAGCUGAAUCUGAAGUGAAGGAGAAGACAGCAUUAAAGACAGUUAAGGAAGAAAGUCCCAAACCAGUUGCCAAGAAAAGUUCAAAGGAUUUCCAGAAAGUCAAGGGGUCAGCCUCAGAAUCUGAGGUUGAAAAGGCAGGUGCAAAGAAAGAAAUCAAAAAAGGGAAAAAAGAACCAAAAGAUAAAGGGUUAGCCUCAGAAUCCGAAACUGAAAAGGCUGCCGAGAAGAAAGAGCCCAAGAAAGCUAAAAAGGGGUCAAAGGAGAAAGGGUCAGCCUCAGACUCCGAUGCAGAAAAGGCUGCCGAGAAGAAAGAACCCAAGAAAGCUAAAAAGGGGUCAAAGGAGAAGGAGAAAGGUUUAGCCUCAGAAUCCGAAGCGGAAAAGGCUGCCGAGAAGAAAGAACCCAAGAAGGCUAAAAAGGGGUCAAAGGAGAAAGGGUCAACCUCAGAAUCUGAAGCUGAAAAGGUUGGUGGGAAGAAAGAACCCAAGAAGGCUAAAAAGGGGUCAAAGGAGAAAGGGUCAACCUCAGAAUCUGAAGCUGAAAAGGUUGGUGGCAAGAAAGAACCCAAGAAACCUAAAAAGGGGUCAAAGGAGAAGGAGAAAGGUCCAGCCUCGGGAUCCGAAAGUGAAAAGCCUGGUGGGAAGAAGGAAGCCAAGGGAACUAAGAAGGAAUCAAAGGACAAGGUGUCAGCCUCGGGAUCCGAAAGUGAAAAGCCUGGUGGGAAGAAGGAAGCCAAGGGAACUAAGAAGGAAUCAAAGGACAAGGUGUCAGCCUCAGAAUCCGAAAGUGAAAAGGCUGGGGGGAAGAAGGAAGCCAAGGGAACUAAGAAGGAAUCAAAGGAACUGAAAGACACACUAGGGGAUUCAGAAGCUACCAAGGCCGGUGAUAAGAAAGGAACCAAACUUACUAAAAAGCCCUCAAAGAGCAAAGAUACACCCGUGAAUUCUGAAAGUGAGAAGGGAGACUUAAAGAAAGCGGGCAAGAAAGAAGUCAAGAAGAAGGAAACUAAAAAGGAGAAGAAGGCAGAUGGAGACUCAAAGGAGGAUGGUAAGAAGGACAAGAAAGACAAGAAGAAAGACUCUGCAGGUGAUUCCUCCGAAUCAAAAAAGGAUGACAAGAAGUUAAAGAAAGAGAAGAAGGCAAAGUAGGGCUUGGAUCAGGGCUCAAACUGACGGAAGUGAGCCCGCUUCAGCAGUCUAAAAAAUGAACCCAUGAGAUUAAAAAAAAAAGUGUGCAGCAAAAUAAUCAAGUAAUUUUUAAAGAGAAGGAAAAACACAAGGUGAAAGGAACAUUUAGUCAUGGUAUUUUAAACAAGGAUUAAGAAAAAUACAUAGGAUUCGUUGAGUGAUGUGGAAGAUGCCUAUUAUAAAAUGGUAGGUAGGGAGUUUUAAAAGUAAAAUCACUAGAAAAUUUCAAAGAAUAUGCAAGUAAGAAUCCAGGAAAUGAAGACAGGGAAACAAACAAAAAUAUCAAUAUUCAGUAAGGACUAUGUUUAAAAAAAAGUGUGAACUCCAAGAAGGCCUGAUGCUGUCUCUAGAUUUAAGGAUGUGAAGCUGAGUUUGUACAAUGGCCAAGAAAAUCAAAACAACGUUUAGAAAAUAGAGUUUGAAUUGAAUAGAUAUCUAAGAUGGUUUAAGGAAGAAAACACAGAGAAAGAAGGGAGAAAAUUAGUGAGUAAGGAAGGCUUGAAGGGAAAGAUGUGAGGAAAGUGACAGGAUAAAGGACCAACGCUGUAGAAAGAAGAGAUAGAAAACCUGGAGUUUACAGGACCAUCUGAGUUUGAAGUGACCACAAGAUUGAGCCAGUUGUAAUCCCUGAUGAAAAUUCUUGGCAUCGUCAAACCAAAAGUACCACAAAAGAACACUUGAUAUCCCACCAGAGACUACUGCUUCCCAAAUCUUGAUGCUGCAACCCUAAACUAAAGCCUCUUCUGAAGCUGAGUCUGAGCUCAUUCCUAGACAUAAACAUUAAUCAUGCCCCAAUAACGCUCUCCUGUUCAAAGAAUGUGAACAGGAAAGAAGAUGCUAAAUGAAGGCAAUAUUACCUGCUCUGCAAGCAAGAAGCAUCAAACAACAGCAGGAAUUUUAUAAAAUUCAUUUUAGAAGUGCAACAGAACCCUGGACUACCAUGAAGAUGCGUUCAAUAUCGCCACUAUGGAGGAGUACAACAUCCCAUUCUCUUGUUUAUCUUCAUGUCUGUGAAGUUGCCAGGCGGCUCUAAUUUUGAAACUAAUGAAUUUUGACAUCAGAUGACGAUAUCCAUUAAAAACA